AUGACAAGCAUUUCCAACAUUCUCUCCUUGCCGUUUCGCAAAUCGAAUCACAUUUCUUUGUCGACCGCCAUUCGACAGUACAUCAACACGAAAUAUGACCAACAUCCAGACAUGUUCCGUCAGGACCUGGAGACGAUAGACAGCCUCCGUCGCAAUGCUGUCAACGUGCGCGACCCGCACCCGAGCGGCAUCAAGGAGCUGCAGACAUAUGCGGGACAGCUCAUGUGGAUUGGCGGAAAGUUUCCGAUCGAUGUAAGAACGCCGCAAGCUCUUCAAGUCGUCCAAAGAAAGUAUAGAGCAGGAAAGCUGAUCGUAGACACUGUGUUUCUCUGCAGAUCGGCGCCGAAUUCACAUGGCGUCAAGAAGGCUGUGCCGUACUUCAACCUGGCCGCGGGCGUCCUGUCGUACAUGCAGAAAGAGGUCCUGCCCGAGCUGCGCAUGUCGGAUCCGCCCGAGGACAUGGACACACAUACGCUCGAGGCGCUGAUUCAGCUUCUUCUGGCGCAGAGCCAGGAGUGCUUCUGGAAAAAGGCCGUCAUGGACGGGACGUACAAAGAUGCCAUCAUCGCGAGGCUGGCGGCACGCGUUUCGGAUCUCUACAGCACGGCGGGGGAUGCGGCCAUGAAGAGCGAGGCGAUCAGCUCGUCGUGGAUCCACCACAUGAGCGCGAAGCACCACCACUUUGCAGGCGCGCGCAGUACCGUGCUGCAUGCGAUUGCUUGGAAAAGAAGAAAGGCACGCGGGGGUUAUGUCAGCAAGACGAUCAUCGAGGACCUGAACGGACUGAAGAGGAAAGUCGAAGAGGACCUGAAGCGAGCGGAGAAGGACAAUGAUUUGAUCUACAUGGACCCCGUUCCGCCCAAACCAGAAUUGAAGCUCCUCGACCGGGCUGACAUGGCCAAGAUCACGGUUCCCCCUCAGGUUGCCAACCCCUUCGACUACUUUGGCGACCAGGCCGAGUUUGGUCCCGCGUUGUUCUCCAAGCUUGUUCCCUUCGCCGUUCACGCCGCUAUUACUAUCUACGAGCAGCGCCGCGAUCGUCUCGUAAACCAGAGCAUAAUCCAGAACUUGGAGGAUCUCACGGAAAGGCUGCACACGAUGCUGAGCUCCAUUAACCUUCCGGGCUCCCUACAGGCUCUGGAGAAGCCACUUGGCUUGCCGCCAAGUCUGGUACAACACGCCGAAGAAAUCCGACAAGCCGACGCGAUAGGCCGCAUUCAACGGGCGUUUUCUGAUAUCGACAAACUGCGAUCAGCAGACAUUGCUGUCUUUGAUGAAGGCAAGUCCAUGCUGGCCGCGGAGGAAGAGGAGGAUGCUCGUCGACGGGCCAAAUUUGGCACAGACCGAUGGACAAGGCCAGACAGCCGCAGCGACCCUCGCGGCGCGCAGCUCUGGGCCCAAGUGGCCGAGAUCGACGGCUACUUUGCGAGCAGCACCAGCAGCGACGAGGUUGUGCGCGACAAGUUUGGACAAACACAAGACCUCCUUGAGCUCCUGUCCGCACCGGAUCGCGUUCUCAUGGAUUACGUCCCUUCGAGCCGACGCAUGGACAUCGCCGAGCCCCUGAAGCCGGUCAUAGGACGGCUGCGCGGUGCGUACAACGACGUCCUGCGUCUGGAGUCUCGUCGCAGGAAAAAGGUGGAGGCCCUGCGCGACAAGUGUCGUAACGACGACAUCAAGCCGGAGAUUCUCAAGGAAGCGGCGCGACUCGAAAGGACCGACGACUGGACAAAGCUCUACGAGCCAGAACUCGAAGGCGUCGAGAAGGAGGACGCUGAGCAGGAACGCAUGAUGACCGAGAUUGAGCGCGUCAACCGCGAAAUUCGAGAGCCAGCGAAAGAGCAGCAUCGGCGGGGAACCGCGGAGCGUGAGCAAGCCCUCCAGCGACUCGACAACGCGUAUUACAAGUACAAGGAGAUUGUCAACCACCUCGAUGUCGGGCGCAAGUUCUACAAUGACCUCAGCAAGGUUGUCGGGCAGAACUUCCGGGAUCCGGUCAAAGUAUGGGUGUCGGAGCGGCGCAUCGACGCCAAGAGCCUCGAGGAGGAACUCAGCAUGCCGCCGCUCGGCUCGCUCAGCAUGAACAGAACACCUGUUGCUUCGCCACCCGUGUCGAGCUACCAGGCCGAGCAGCAGCAACACGCAAACUCGUACUUUGGCUCGAACGCCGGUCCCGCUGCCAAUACGCACGCGCAACGGCCGCACCAGCAGGUCCACAGCCCGCCCGCCGAAGCGCAUGUGCAGUCCUGGGCCGGCUCUACUGUCGAGCCGCAGCAGCCGCAACCCGUGCCGCCCGUGUCGAACAUGUGGACGCCGGACAUGGGUAUCCGAUUUGGAGGGCCCGCCGGCGGACAUGGCGCGGCUGCGCCGGCCGCCCAUCCGCCGGGACCAAGGCAGGCCUCGGGCGGGACGUGGGAUCCCAACUCGGGCAUUCGUUUCGGCUAG